AUGCCCUCCAAGCUCGCGCUCGCGUUCACCGCCGCUCUGGCGUUCACCGCGCCGUCCAGCGCGCGCGCCGACGUCGACGGCGCCGUCACCUGCGGCUCCGCGCUCAAGAUCAAACACGCCAACACGAAGCACAUCUUGGCGUCGCAACCGGUCGCGUACGCCUCCGGGAGCGGCCAACAGAGCGUGACGGCGAUCAAAAACGCCGGAGAGGAGGCGUAUUGGCUCAUCCACGGCGCAGUCGGGGAAGAUUGCGCGCGAGGAGCGCCGGUGACGCACGGGAUGACGGUGCGGUUUCGACACGCGGGGACGCGCGCGUGGUUGCACUCGCACGAGCACCGGUCGCCGUUGAGCGGGAACAACGAAGUGUCGUGCUUCGGAGGGGACGAGUCGAGCGAUACGGGCGAUAAUUGGAUCGUCGAGGUGCCGAGUGGGAGUGGGACGUGGGAGAUGGGGAAAAAGGUGCGGUUUAAGCACGUCGACACCGGGGCGUACUUGCAGUCGCACGGGUUGAAGUACGGACGCCCGAUCGCGGGACAUCAAGAAGUGAUGGCGCAGAAGAGCGCCGGUCCGAACGCGUUGUGGACGACCGAAGGUACCGGCGUGUUCUUUCCGACCGCGCAGGAGAUCGCGGCGAAGGACGAGCUGUGA